GCACGCUUUUAGAUUUUAGUUCUAGUCUUUCACAAUCACCUCUCUCACGCCACCGUACCCCGUCGUCACUCCGCUAAGCGCAGCCUUCCGGCCGCCGUGCGCUUACAGAAUCCGAAAUAACCGGGCGUAAUGAACGGCCAAACCAGCCACCCGCAACCAAAGGACGGCCGCCACGACGACGAUGCCGCACUGACGGAAUUCCUUGCUUCUCUAAUGGACUACACACCCACCAUACCUGAUGAAUUGGUGGAGCAUUACUUGGCGAAAAGUGGAUUCCAGUGCCCCGAUAUCCGAUUGACAAGGCUGGUUGCUGUGGCUACUCAGAAAUUCAUCGCUGACGUGGCAACGGAUGCUCUUCAGCAAUGCAAGGCAAGACAGUCGACUAUAAUCAAGGACAAAAGAGAUAAACAACAAAAGGAUAAGCGUCUGAUCUUGACAAUGGAGGAUCUUUCCAAGGCUCUGAGUGAGUAUGGUGUGAAUGUCAAACAUCAAGAAUACUUUGCCGACACUCCAUCUGCUGGUUUAGAUUCCCCUCCAAGAGACGAGUAAAACACACAAUGCCGUUUUUGAAGGUUUCGUUAAGUUGCUUUUGUUCUCUUAUCUACAUUAAUUCUCAUCAAAGUCAAAUUACUGGCUACUUUGAAUGUUUUGUGAUCGGGAGUUUAAUGAAUUUAGUAGAUUGUGAUUAGACUCGUGUAUUGCAUUUUUUUUUGUAAUGGUGUACUUCUAUAUACAUUAUCGUAUAUCGGUCAGAUUGUCGGAGAUUGUUUGUCUACUUAGACAUUCUUAGUUUAUCCAUCGACGUUUAUAA